UUCUCCAUCUCUUAAUCCUUGGAACUGAAAUAACUUUUCCAUGGAUUUAUAUGAAGCAACGAGGAUAGUGCUAUCAAGGAUCCAAAGCUUAGACCCUGAUAACGCUUCGAAAAUCAUGGGUUAUCUUCUUAUCCAAGACCAUGGCGAGAAGGAAAUGAUCCGUUUAGCCUUUGGACCCGAAGCUCACAUCCACUCUUUAAUCCUCAAAGCCAAAACCCACUUGGGAUUAUCCAGUUCGAACCCGCCAACACCGUCCGCUCCCCUUUCUCCGUCUCCUCUCUCCUCAAAGCCAACACCUUUAUCCAUCCCUUCUUCUCCUUUCUCGUAUGCCUCUAUUGUCAAUCGAAGCAGCGCCAUUGCAAAUGACGAUGAUAAUGAAUUCAUCGACGACCAUCUUUCGUUUCUCAACGACUCGAAACCCGAAGAUUUGUUCAGCCCUCGACUUGACUUGGCAAUGCCCGAUUCUGUUUUACACAGGAGGAGUUUCUCGGUUCCCGGUAUGUGUUUUGGUGCUGCUGCUGAUGUCAACUCUGGGAUUGGAUGGAAACCUUGUUUGUACUUCGCUAGAGGGUUUUGUAAGAACGGUACUAGCUGUAGGUUUCUUCAUGGAGAUUGUGCCGAUGGAGGAGCUGCUCUCGUCGGUUCUCCGAGUAUGCUUAACGAGUUGGAGCAGCAUUACCAGGAGCUACUUAGAUCAAAAGCUCUUCAACAACAGGAACAAAAUCUUGCUUCAGCUUCUCAGUUCAUGCCGGGGACUUCUUUCCCAUACAUCAAGUCUCUUAAUAGCUAUGGCAGGUCAGCAAUGGCUGCUUUGAUGACGGGUGAUGAGCUUCAUAAGUUGGGGCGGUGCCGGCCCGAAAGAAACGAUUUUUCGGGUUCUAGACAGAUUUACUUGACCUUCCCAGCUGAUAGUUCUUUCAAAGAAGAAGAUGUUUCAAAUUAUUUCAGCAUUUAUGGACCAGUACAAGAUGUGAGGAUUCCUUACCAGCAAAAGAGGAUGUUUGGUUUUGUUACAUUUGUAUAUCCAGAGACAGUGAGGCUCAUUUUAGCCAAAGGGAACCCUCAUUUCAUCUGCGAUUCUCGGGUGCUUGUUAAACCUUACAAGGAGAAAGGGAAAGUCCAAGAGAAGAAACAAUUGGAACGAGGAGAGUUUUCGACCUGCUGGAGUCCGUCUGCAAUUGAUUCUAGGGAGCCAUUCGAUCUCCAUCUCGGAUCGAAAAUGUUUUACAAUACUCAAGAGAUGCUGCUGAGAAGGAAAAUGGAGGAGCAGGCUGAUUUGCAGCAAGCCAUUGAGCUUCAAGGAAGAAGGCUAUUGAACUUGCAGCUGCUGGACUUAAAGAACCAGCACCAAUCUCCGUUCCAUCAUGAUUUGUCCACCGGAUCCCCCAUUCCUUCACCGACUGUACCCCGUACUCCCAACAAUCAUGCACUUAUUUUUCCAGCUGAUGGCAUCAAUCAAGAAGUCCCUGAAGAGAACGGUGGUUGUACGAUCUCAGCUGUUUCCAAGUUGGCUGCUGCUAUGAAAGAUGAUAAGCAGAUGGAGGAUAAUAAUGCAGUUUGUAAUUAUAAAAAUGGCAAUGGUAAUAGUAACACUAAGGGGAAGGCCAAUACCGAAGAAACUGAUGUUCCUGAAUGCUUGGAGCAUGUUCUCCCCGAUAACCUAUUCACUUCUCCGAAGAAAUCAGCUGGUGAUCACCUCACAUCUUCUUCACCUCAUCUGCAGUGGCCAUAGAAGCUGACGACGAAAGUCGAAACCGGAGCUCUGACUACUUCAUGUUCUAUUGGUAAUGUCUUCGGCCUCAACGUGGCUUCCCUCAACACAUAUCUACUACAAAUGCCAAGGAACCAUUGGCAUGUAGCUAGUCAACAAUGGAGGAAAAUCGACUUUGCCAGGAAUCAGUGACAAUUAAGCAUAUCAUGGAGGAUUAAACCAUAAACAAAGGUGUAUAGCCAACAAACCAUACAAAAAAUAUCUUGUAAGACAAGAUCACUGAAAGAUCACCAUCAUCAUCAGCAAUACUAUUUACAAUCAAAAUUCAUAAUAUAUAUGUAUAGGUAAAAGACAGAGGAACCGAUUUAUGCAAGUGGGGUCUUCUGCCUUACCUUACUGGUGACACCCUAAUUGCUGGACCACACAACAAACAGUGUAGAAACGAAGGAUGGUAGUAGUAGGAUAGUAGCAGUAACUAAAUUAAACCCCCAAGAAGUUAUAAAAGUACUUUUCCAGAAGCUUAACAACUAUACAGAUAUGGGAAACCCAAAACGGCAAAGGAGUGUAAUGGUAAAAAGAAUUCGACUCUGGGUGUGUUUCAUCUGGUGUUCAAGUUAUUAUUUUUACAGUAUCUGUCAGCAAUUA